CCAUUGGCUAAGUUGUGUUAAGCUUUGAAAGCCUAGUUGUCAUGGAGGGACAAGAAUGACACACAAAUUCUAAGUUCUAACUAUGGCAGGGACUGGUUUCCACACUUCCUGUCUAAGUCUCUCCUCCUCCAGCAAUUUAGGGACAUGUUGGUUGGUAUUAAAAACUCACAAUGCAAGGGCCCUGCCAGGGAAACUACCUGGAAGGAGAAGCUUGACAUUGAAAGCAGAAGUGAAGUUUGUAAAUGCUGAACAAGCCAAGGAGCUCAUAGCAGUGGAUGGAUAUAGUGUUCUGGACGUGCGGGACAUAACUCAGUUUGAGCGAGCUCACAUUAAAUCAUGCUAUCAUGUGCCUCUUUUUGUUGAAAAUAAAGACAAUGAUCCAGGUACAAUCAUAAAAAGGACUCUGCACAAUAAUUUUUCUGGGUUGUUCUAUGGGUUACCAUUCACAAAGCCAAAUCCUGAGUUUGUACAAUCUGUCAAGAGCCAGAUUCCGCCUGAAAGUAAAGUCUUGGUUGUAUGUCAGGAAGGACUGAGGUCUACUGCAGCUGCAGAUAGGUUAGAGAAAGCUGGUUUCGAAGAUGUAGCAUGCAUAACUUCUGGCCUUCAAUCUGUGAAACCAGGAACAUUUGAUACUGUUGGCUCCAAGGAGUUGCAGGAUGCUGGCAAAGCGGGUUUGGUGACGAUCCAAGGAAAAAUUUCAACUGUGUUGGGAACAGUUCUUGUUUGUGCAUAUCUAUUUAUUACCUUUUUUCCUGAUCAAGCAGAGAAGCUGUUCCAAUUGGUCCCUGCAGGCUAACCCCAAAUAUUACAUUCAUUGUUUUUCCUUCUCAUUAUGCAUUUGGCAAAAUUGAGAAAUGUGAGAUUAGGAUUGAGGAACAUAAAAACAUGAAAUGUGAAUGGACUCUGAUAGAAUGGAAGAGCUAGUAAUGCCAGUAAGGCUAUAAUGUUCAAAACAAAUUGUAAUCCCACUGUGGCAGUGGUAGUAUUCUCUAUUAAGCAAUGCGUACGCCCAUUUCCGAAUGUUCAUAUCAGUUAUUUUGAAUGUACUUGCUAGAACACUUGCAAGAUA